ACGCAGAACUGGAACCAUGAACCAUAGAAGCCAUCGCAGCUUCUUCUUCACAAAGCCACAAACUCAUCUCCUCUCUUCACUUCUCUGAGAACCAUAGAAGCCACCGCAGCACCCAAUCGCGCAGCCACCGCAGCGACGGGUUUGACCACCGCAGCCCCCACCGCGUCGUUGUCAUCGCCGAGCUCGCCUUCUCUCUGUUCGCCGGUGUCGCGUCCUCUGUCAUCGCCAUUGCUCGCCUUCCACCUCGCCGCCGGUAAGUAAUACUUUGUUCGCAGUUUCGCACUUCACAGCCAUCUCCUCGGCGUCUGCUUGCUGGUUUAGGGUUUAGCAAUUGAUUUCUGAUAAUACUUGUUAUUUGUUUCAAAUUGAUUUACUGAUUAGCUGGAUUUUCUGAGGUUAUUGUUCGCUGGUUUAGUAAUUUUUGCUGAGGUUAUAGAUUUAUUUGUUAUUUCUGAUUUUCUGUUCAUGAUGUUUUUUGCUGAGGUUAUUAUUUGCUGGUUUAGUAAUUGUUUGAUGAGGUUAUUAAUUUAUUUGUUAUUCUAUUCAUGAUUUUGUUGCUGAGGUUAUUGUUUGCCACUGCUCACCUCUGUUCCACUGCUCACCGCGAACGUCUCUCCAUCGUCACCUCUGUUCCACUGCUCCAGGGCAUUUUCUGCACCAGCCCUUUUUGUUCUUCCUCCAAGAACGGGUUAGCCGGAUAAUUGUUCUUAUUUCAAAGAAGGAGUUCUUUUAACUUUCACAACAGCGUAUUCUUGCACAAAAGAGCGUAGGGACCUUGCUUUCACCUCUGUGGAACGCUCGAGCAGUCGAGCUUCUUCCCUUUGUUCUCCAGGUUCUCUCUUUUUCUGCUAAGUUUCUUGAUGAGGCUGUGGGCAUCUUCAAGGCUAGAAAUUAUGGAAGUAGCCCUCUCUAGUUGCUUGUUGAGGACCAUUGUAUUUUGAUUGACUUCAUUUAGUGAUUUUUUUCAGGUCGUGGCUUGACUAGAUGGUGAUCCAUUGUAUCUGUGAUUGCAAAAGUGUUAUGCUUUGCCAUACUCAGCUCCCCAUGAAGCUCUCAACAUUUCAAUCAACUUCACUUCAUGCUCAUCCCUCAAUUGCCACCUCCAACUGCAACUCCUCCUACUCCAUCAAAACACCCACCACCAAGUUUGCUCCAAAGGCUUCUACUUUGUGCUUAAAAUUUUCCAGAAACAACCAUUCAACUCUACGAUAUCAUGACAGAAGACUCUCGAAUAGACCCACUUCCAUCACGGCUUGUACCCAUGUUGGAGCUGCUGGAUCAGAUCGUCCAUUUGCAGACAAAGUUUCAGAAUUCAAAGAUGCAUGUUGGAGAUUUUUAAGGCCACAUACUAUACGCGGCACAGCACUAGGUUCUUUUGCUUUGGUGGCAAGAGCAUUGAUUGAAAACUCAAAUCUGAUAAAGUGGUCCCUUCUGUUCAAAGCAUUCUCUGGUCUUUUUGCCCUGAUUUGUGGGAAUGGUUAUAUAGUUGGAAUCAAUCAAAUCUAUGACAUUAGCAUUGACAAGGUAAACAAACCUUAUUUACCUAUAGCUGCUGGAGAUCUUUCAGUCCAAUCUGCAUGGCUAUUAGUUGCAUUUUUUGCUGCUGCUGGCUUGUUGAUUGUUGGAUUGAACUUUGGGCCCUUUAUAUUUUCACUUUACACGCUUGGCCUUUUUCUCGGCACCAUCUAUUCCGUUCCUCCAUUAAGAAUGAAACGUUUUCCUAUUGCAGCAUUUCUUAUUAUUGCCACGGUCCGAGGUUUUCUACUUAACUUUGGCGUGUACUAUGCCACUAGAGCUGCCCUUGGACUUGCAUUUGAGUGGAGCUCACCUGUGGUUUUCAUCACUACGUUUGUAACAUUGUUUGCAUUGGUAAUUGCUAUAACGAAAGAUCUUCCAGAUGUUGAGGGGGAUCGCAAGUAUCAGAUAUCAACCUUUGCGACAAAACUUGGUGUACGGAACAUUGCUUUCCUUGGUUGUGGAAUCUUGCUAAUGAACUAUAUUGGUUCAAUAUUGGCAGCAAUUUAUACGCCACAGUUGUAUGUUACAGGCUUUCAGGCAAUGGUUACUGAUACCAGCUCAUAUGAUUUUUGCAUCCUGCUUGAUUUUCCAGGCAUGGGUAUUAGAAAAAGCAAAUUAUACCAAGGUAAUCCAAAGCCACCAUCAUCAGAAGUACUACCAAAAGAAGCUGUAUUUGAAGAAUCAGCAACAUUAGGCAAAUCCACAUCAAGUUCCAUGUCUCCUCCAUCUAAUAAAAUAAAAUAGAAAACCAAGAAAAAAUUAAAGUUACAACUUUACAUCAGAUAUUGAGAGGAAAUGAAACAAGUUUUGCUAUUUCAAUCACCUUUAGGAUAUGAAGGCAUAGCAUUAUCCGUAUAAAUUAAAUUUUCAAUGCCUUCGAUGUCUCCAUUAGUAAAUUCAGGAU